CCUCGACGGGGAUCCAACGGCACCCGAUCCCUGCGUCCAUCCAAAGCUAAUAGACACACGGGCCGCACCGGCAUAAAACCCUCCGCCUCGGCCCCUUCCCACUCCAUCAAGGUCCAGAGACUCCAGGCGCCCUCUAACUACUUUCUCCCCAGUCCAUUUCGAACUCUCUAGACGCCUCCUCGGUCCUCUCUGUUCGCCGCCGCCGACCCGUCCUCCCUCCUCCCCCCUCUCCACGCCGCAGAAAUGGCGCUGCCGAAUCAGCAGGUCGUGGAUUACCCCAGCUUCAAGCUCGUCAUCGUUGGCGACGGUGGAACUGGUAAAACCACAUUUGUGAAAAGGCAUCUUACUGGCGAGUUCGAGAAGAAAUAUGAGCCCACUAUUGGUGUGGAAGUUCACCCUCUGGAUUUUAGCACUAACUGUGGCAAAAUCCGCUUCUAUUGCUGGGACACUGCUGGGCAAGAAAAGUUCGGUGGCCUCAGGGAUGGCUACUACAUUCAUGGUCAGUGUGCCAUCAUUAUGUUUGAUGUUACUUCGAGGCUGACAUACAAGAAUGUUCCAACAUGGCACAGGGACCUGUGCAGGGUGUGCGAGAACAUUCCCAUUGUUCUCUGUGGUAACAAGGUUGAUGUAAAGAACAGGCAAGUCAAAGCCAAGCAAGUUACAUUCCACAGGAAGAAGAACUUGCAGUACUAUGAGAUUUCUGCAAAGAGCAAUUACAACUUUGAGAAGCCCUUCCUUUACCUCGCAAGGAAACUGGCAGGGGAUCAGAACCUUCACUUUGUCGAAGCUGUUGCUCUGAAGCCACCGGAAGUGCAGAUUGAUAUGGCCAUGCAGCAGCAGCACGAAGCUGAGCUUGCAGCUGCUGCUGCGCAACCCCUCCCUGAUGACGAUGAUGACCUGAUCGAAUAGAUGUUCUCAAUGGCCUUGUUGAUGUGAGAGGGGACUUUUUAUAAGAAUUCAUGGUGGCUCAAACCUUUUUAGAGUUAGGCUUUACUCUCUUGAUGUAUCCAUGUUGAGAAUGAAACAUAUGUAUCCUGUUAUUGACGAGGGUUUUUGGUGAACCAGAUCGUUGAGGUAAUACAGCAUACGUUUCAGCGCUUGAUUGUGCC